GAAGCCCGCCGGCUAGGCUAGACUAGACGCGUCGGGAGGAGCCGGCCGGCAGCACGUGACCGACAGCGGAGGCCGAGGCCCAGAAAUAGCCGCCUCGGCGGUUCCGCCCCGUGGCCGGCGAGAGUCCUGAGACGACUGGACGCAGGCUGGGCGCGGUGCGGCCCGGACGAUGCUGCUGAGCCCCGGCCCGGCCCGACCCAGAGCACAUGAUGGCGAUACGGGAGCUCAAAGUGUGUCUUCUCGGGGACACGGGGGUUGGGAAAUCCAGCAUUGUGUGUCGUUUUGUCCAGGACCAUUUUGACCACAACAUCAGCCCCACCAUUGGGGCAUCUUUCAUGACCAAAACCGUGCCUUGUGGAAACGAACUUCACAAAUUCCUCAUCUGGGACACUGCUGGCCAGGAGCGGUUCCACUCCCUGGCUCCGAUGUACUACCGAGGAUCUGCUGCAGCCGUCAUUGUCUAUGACAUCACUAAGCAGGAUUCUUUUCAUACCUUGAAAAAAUGGGUCAAGGAGCUGAAGGAGCAUGGCCCAGAAAACAUUGUGAUGGCGAUUGCCGGGAACAAGUGUGACCUCUCUGAUAUUAGGGAGGUGCCCCUGAAGGAUGCUAAGGAAUACGCUGAAUCUAUAGGUGCCAUCGUGGUGGAGACAAGCGCGAAGAAUGCCAUUAAUAUCGAGGAGCUCUUUCAAGGAAUCAGCCGGCAGAUCCCACCCUUGGACCCUCACGAAAAUGGCAACAGCGGCGGGAUCAAGCUUGGGAAUCAAAGCUUGCAAGCCGGCCGGCGGUGCUGCUAAGCCGAGGGUGUGGCAUACAGAGUAAGAAGGAAGGAAGCCGGAGCCCUCUCUGGUGCCCAGGGCACACACAAGGACCCCACCCGUGGGGCUAACUCUGCCUGCCGGAGAGCGAGCAGCUCUGUACCCUGGGAGACCUGCUGCAGGAUGCUGAACAGGGAUGUUUCCUGAAAAGAAAUGAUAGAAAACUCUGGAAAAUUCACCCUACCACCGCAACAUGGCCUUCGGUUUAUGAAAUGCACUCGGCAAGGCUUGUACUUGCUAGGUAAUAUAUAGUUGCCAGUUUUUUUGUUAAAGACGUAUUAGAAAAGUUUUAGAUUGGUCCACACACCUCAGAGUUGCUGUUCCUCGCUAAUUUCCUAUGUCACCUAGGCAGAUUUCAAUGUCUCCAGGGCCAGAGCCUUCCUUUCUGGCCAGUUCACCAAAAGGCAAAGGCAAUAUAGUGGGUUAGCUCUUAACUGGCUUUGGAAGUAAGCCUUUAUUAGUUUUCUGAGGGAAAUCAGAGAUGCACAGUUGGACCACUGCUCAAACUGAGAAGUGAACUCCUGUAGGAGAGACAAAAGUUGCAUUAGAAACCACCGUCCCUAUCUCCUUUCAUUUAUCUGAUGGACAUUUUUCUAAGGUAUGGUCAUCUGUAACCCAACCAAAUCAGACUAGAAUGUUACAUAUAAUUUUUUGGGGAGGUGGGGGCUGAUUAAAAGAGUUAACUAGUUGCUAUGUAAGCAGUGGUGGUUGGAAGAUAUAAAUGGCAUUCGGGGUACCCCCAGCAUGCACCCCCUAUUGCAGUGAGUUUCUGCUCUGGGGGUGAUUACUUCACAGAGCAUUAGGAGACAAUGUCAUGAUGUCACAUCUGGGGCUGUUUGAGUCUAAAUUGUAGAGCAGACUUCUGUCAAUAGCAGCUAAUCAUAGGUGGCAGCAAACCAGGCAGAGGUAUGUUACCACCCCCAAAUUCUGGACCCCUAAAGGUAUGAAAUCAGAAGACAUCCUUAAACUUUGCCAGCUUUGGAGAGAAAGGGUAUCAAGCAGUCAGUGCCAAGUCCCAGUCAUUGACGGUGCUUGUCCACUCCGGGAUGUGAGUUUCAACAUAGUCCUCCUACUUCUCCCAAAUUGGGAGCUAACUGAGCCCUGGAAUAUGGGGGAUAGCAAAUACUUGUCCCGAUUCAUGAGAAUCAAGACUCCUAGAUGUCCCAUAGCAGGAGUCUCAAACACUGUCAGCAAAUGGCAUCUGUAUGUUGUGCCAGGGCCUCCUCAAGACCGUCAGUGCUUAUCCCAUGUCUCCAGCAUCAGUAGCUGACACGAUUCCACAUGCUGGCAAAGACGUUCAUCCAUCACUACAGGUCAAACAGAGAACGAUUGAGCUGAAGUUGAAGUGGCCUCUCUCCAGUAUCAAGCUUAGUUUUGAACCUUUCCCCGUUUGAGGGGGAACCCUUUUGCCGGGAACUUGUAUUCACCUGACUGGCUGUCUAGAUUUCCAAGCCAAAAUGGUACCGUUCCCAGGAGAGGAUGCCCCGGCUUUGGAUUGGGUUUGCAGUGGUUGAGUUUUGCAUGAAGUGUCUGGGAUUCAUCUUGAGAGUGAGCCGCCCUGGGGUGGAUUGGAGAAGCAUGUGAGGGUACGAUCCCUUGGUUUUCCCCAGGCUGCGUACUGUUGAUAUCGCAGCCAUGCAGGGGGUAAGUAUGCACACAUGCCACCAGCCUGAGCAAAGAGACACGUGGCACUUGGGCACACAAAUACUCACACCAUUCUGGGCCUUCUCUGCAGACAGGUGCUUUUUGAUGCUUCUCUCCCCCUGGCUUGCCAUUCCUUUUGGGAUGUUUUAACAAUUGACCCUCAACCAAGACCUAGAGACGACAAUUGCUCCAGACAUAGGAUAUAAUGUCCUUAUGGCUACUCCCCAAAUUCCGUUCCCAACCUCCAUUCUCUUAUCUCUCACAGGUGAGCAGGUUUGUAUAUGUGUAAAUAGGAUUUUAUGUCAGCUGCACCUACAUGUAAUCCAUUUCAGAGUGGCUGUGUUUGACUCGUGACCUUGUGCCCAUAAGGGAGGCACAGAUUGUCAAAGAGAUUCUUUCUCAGUAGACAUCCCAAAGGACAGUGGCAGGGCUGUGCAAAUGUUUUACACAGGUACAGAAUUGACUCACCAUUUUUUCACUAAAAGUGGUCUAUUAAGGUACGGGAUAUGGACGUCAUCUUGCAGACUAACCUGCAUUCUAGCCAACAGCAAGGGCUGUGCCCCAGUAGGAAUCUCAUUCUUUCCUGAGGUGAGGUUUGGAGGAUCGACGUGUUUCCUCCGCCAUAAUGGACUCUGGCCUGUGUAGGCUUCUUGCUGCUCUGUAGCAUUCUGGGCGAGGAGUAAGGAGGCAGUGGUGGUCAGCCAGGGGUUCUGGCUGUGCUCACGUGAUCAUGCCUUUCACCAUUGUCGUGACACCCAGUGACAGUCAUACCGUCACACAGACGGUCGUCCUCUCCAGUGUUUUUGUAAAGGCUUUCCACUUGGGCUGGACCCAGGUUUUGCACCUAGAAGAUCCCUCUGCAGACACCUAGGACCUUCGCAUCUUGUACUCUGUUCUCUGAUAAAAGUGUUUCAGGUCGGCGCUCAUUUGUAUCACUUGCUUUUGAUUUUAACCCAUUGGUAUGAUUCAUACUAAUAAAUAUUUUAAGUUUUA